AUGGUAUCAUCUGGAGAUUUUAACAAGUCGAUUAAGGGAAACAUUUCUAAYACAAUACCAAACACUCAAGGGUUUGAAUCAAAUCUACCUACUUUGGUUCCAAUGGCCGCACUUAUUAUCAUUGUCAACUGUUUUGUGAUGUUUAUUUUUGGMACAAGAAAAAGACUCCGAAGUCCGUCCAACUACUUACUAUUCAGCCUAGCAAUCUCAGACUUAUUGAGCGGAAUUCUGGGAAUUCCUUUAUUUCUAGYCUUCGAGCAGACACGAAAAUUUGGUUUUCUUACAGGGUAUAUAACAAUAAGUAAGCUUACUACAGCUUCAACAGCAUAUCAUAUCUUGAUCAUUACUGGUGAGAAGUACCUGGCCAUYGUCCAGCCCUUAAGACACCAUAGCUCAAACCCUAAAAAAGCUUUUUAUUGGCUCGGAGUCGUCUGGCUUGCUUCGUCUUUCAAUGCAUUGAUAACGUUGGCUUGGAGGAAAAGCAAACAGAGAGAUAUAUACAACAUGGGGCAUGAUAUAUUUAGCUUUGUAACUGUAUUUUUGUUGCCUUAUAUCUUCAUUGUCUAUUGUCAAACAAUCAUGAUAAAAACUAUUAUCAAAAGAACUAGCGAAAUGAGUCUAAUUCGUUCACAAACGACGCGACGUCAGAGUAAAACCACGAUUACAAACGACAAGAAGUGCAUCUACAUCUUUGUCACAAUGGCGCUGCUUUUUCUGAUCUGUUGGAUGCCUUGGUUUAUUCUUAUGCUCUUACUUACAGCAAAGUUUGCGGUUCCUUCKUGGACGGAGAAGCUUAUCAUUGGRGAUAUUCCAGAAGAGGUGCUAACAAUGUUUGUAGUUAUAAGAUACUGCACUUGCAUCAUCAAUCCACUACUCUAUACGUUCUUCAAACGGGAUUUYAUGGAAGCUUGUAAAGGCGUCUUYAAACAGUGCAUCAAUAAUAGAAAAUAUMGAAAUGACCGUCAAAGCGCUUGGAAUAGUAAGUGGUAUAAUUCAAGAUUUAAAACAAAGACUUUACCGAGUCAAUCUAAUUUGAAAACCGGAAUGACAACAGAAGAGACGUUAGAAAAAGAAACARUUGUUUAG